AUGUCAUCCUUUCACGAAAGGCAAAAGAAUUUAUUUAACACUUUGAAAGAUGCUGAAGAACAGUGUGGUUACACAGUAAAAAGUAAUGCAGAUGAAACAAAUUUCAAUGAGAUUGAUAGACGUACGUAUCAGAAAUUAAAACAUGAGAUGAAACAGUUCCGUAGAAAAGAGAGUAUAUUCAAAAGACAAGAGGCGACCCUUCGUCAAUGUUUACGAUCUAAAACACAGCCGGAUUAUAUUAAGAAUCCACAAAAAUGGGAUUAUUACACACUAUCCGAUGUAACCCCAGAUCAAAUGUCUGACAAAACGAACACAGAAACAGCUCUCGCAUUUAUUCGUGAAAUGGAAGAACGUGAAGAAAAUAAAAAUAUGGAAGUCACAGAUGACACUGGGGCUGUAUUUAAAAAACCCGUUUUUAAUAUAUCAAAAACCAUUAAAAUUAAACCGGAGGAAAAACAACAACCUGUAUAUAAGAGUAAUAAAAUAAUCAUGCCUGAAUAUGUAGUUGGUGUGUCAGGCAAGAAGCCGAGCAACAAACCAGUAAUCAAAAAUCAAACAAUCACAGAAGAAAAAAAAGUGGAAUUAAAACUUAAUCAUCUUUAUAAUGAUGAUGAAGAUGAAUGUGAAGAUUUUACAUAG